UUAAGUACUCUGCAGGUAUACCCGCUGAUAUUGUCAGUAGGGGACUCAUUGCUCUUGAACUUGCUCGCCAGGAAGUCGGGAAACAUUCCCCUCACUAGAAUUGUAUUUCGUGAAAGUGAUCUCCACUACCUGGAAAAGUGUCUAGAACAAAGCGAAUGAAACUGCUGGCAUAUUAGUCUUCAGUUGUGCACCGUCUAGUAUAGACACCCAGCUUUAAGAUCUUUUUCGAGACAUUUGCAAAUUCGCAAUCGGGAUCACAUGAAUGAAAUGCUGCACUUUGAAACAACUGUUCUUGUUCUGUAACACCUGUAUUUAACAAGACGAUUUAAUUUGAGGAGGGAAGAAUUCUUGGAUGAUCUACGCAACAACAGGAGCAAUUAAAAUCCUGCCAAUAUCGUCGUCGGGUCGUACAUCAUUUAUUUUUCCUUUGUGAAAAUAGAUUACUUUAAGUGAAUUUAUUUCCUUCAUAUAACGGCACCGUUUUACCCGUGAAAAGGAACAUUAAAUAGUCUUUAGAACUCAGCAUCACUGGUACAAACUCGGAGAAGAAGACCCUUGCAUCUCUUGUCUUGGAAGUGAGUGUAUCUAUAUAGAUGGAAGGAGGCAUCAGUGAGAAGCCUAAUGGCGUAGCCCAUCUAAAUGGGGGCACCUCGGUUGGUGAUGAAAAGGACAUCAGUAAGCUAGACUCCUCGGUAGAAUUGAAAGAAGUGAAGACGAUGGAGAAAACCGAUGACAGUGAACCAAUUCUAAUCAACGACAACGAAGAGCCUCCGAACUACAACUCUAUAGUACCCAAUGGAGAAACGUCACCGGAAACAUCCGAAGAUGGCUCCCGACAGAUCACGAACAAUUUCGAAAAUGUCCGAAAGACGCUCUUUGGGUUUGUGAUAGUGACGGGUAUCGCGGUUUCGUGGGUCGGUUCGACUCAGUUUUCACAAAGUACCUAUUCGGAUACUUUCAACGCACCGUACUUCAACGUGUGGUUUGGGACAUUGUGGAUGUUCAUCUGUUAUCCGUUUUACGUGCUCGGUUCGUGGAUAUUCAAGAAGGAAAGUCGGAGCUAUUCGGGAACCGUCGACUUAUACAGACAUUCUGAACGAGUAUUCGGGAGCAAGGGACUCACCGUCAAAAACUACUUCCGAUUGGUCGCUCCCUUCGCGCUUUGCUGGAUGGUGACCAAUUACAUGUACGUGUACGCGCUGGGGAAGAUCGCCGCUGCUGACGUCACAGCUCUUUUCUCCAGUAACACCGCCUUCAUUUACAUCUUCUCGUGGAUCUGGCUUCACGAGCGACUCGUGCUUCUUCCGGCCAGGGGUAUGUCCGUUCUUCUGUCUAUCGGUGGUAUCGUCCUCAUAUCGUACGCAGACGGUUUUCUAGGAACCACUGCUGUCGGUAUCGCACUCUCCAUCGGGGCAGCUAUCGGAUCAGCCAUCUAUAAGGUUCUAUUCAAACGGUACAUCGGUAAUGCGACGUCCGGACAGGUUUGCUUGUUCUUGUCGCUGUUGGCGCUCUUUGAUUUAGUCUUUUUGUGGCCUGUGCUACUAACCGUGUAUUACACUGGUUUUGAGCAGUGGGACUGGACGAAUAUGCCCUGGAAUUAUCUUUGUGGCAGCUCAGCAUUGUCCGUAGUUUUCAACUUCCUGAUCAACUUCGGGAUCGCAGUCACGUUCCCAUUGUUCAUUGCUCUUGGUACCGUGGUCGGUAUCCCACUCAAUGCAGUUGUCGAUCUUAUUUUUCGCGGGAGAGGAUUUGGUCCUUGGAAAAUCGGCGGCACAGUUCUCAUCGUUUUCGGAUUUCUUAUUAUGCUGAUGCCGGAGCGAUGGCAAGAGAAAGCAUACUGUUGCAAAUCCAGUAACUCCUUAACGCUGAAUGUGGAUGAGGAAGCAGCGAACAAUGAUAGCGGUAUCGAUAACCCGACGAUGGAGAAUAAUGCGUCAAAAAAAGAAGAGAUGAAUGGAAAAGUGUGACGACUGUUUCCAUUUUAUCAUAGAUUUUAUAUUUUAUAUCUAUAGCUGCUGUUUAUAUUGAAUUCGAUUUGUAAAAGGAAUAUUCAUGUUUAUGUUUAAUUAACAAGGAUUGAUAUGUACUUUCCUAUAUUGUCAAAAACAUUAAACAUGGUUUAUUCGCAAUUGGCCGCUUCUAGCCGACAGGGGGUGUGCACGCCAAAUGGUAUCAUUUUGUGUCAAUGGGUACUAGUUAGUAAGUAUUAUAUCAAAAACUUAUUGUUAAUGUCUUCCAUUUCACAGGAUAAUUCAAUGCUAUUUGGCUGAUCUAGCGAUAUUAUUGCCAAAAAUAUUCGAUCAGGUAAUGCGCCUCCUUUCGGCAGUGUUCGGACAAUUAGCGCCAAUAUGCUGUUUUGUUCAUUAGCGAAAGUUAUUAUUGUUCCUGAAUGCUUUUGUUACUUUUCUCCAUGGUAUCCUUGUUUUUGUACACACUUGUAUAAAGAAAUAUCUGCCAUAAAAUAAAGAUUUAGACCUUGGUCGGGGAAAAAUGGGUUGGUGCUUUAGUUAAUAAAAAGGGCAUUGAUGUGUAAGUAUAUCGUUACGUAUGAAAUUGAUUUUAAGCACUUAGUCAAUCUCUGAGGUGACGUAUUGGUCCCGCGUUAUACUAUUUUUGAUUAUGUUAUGACAAGGCAUCGCAAGAAUCGCAGCUUAAAACCCAUUGUGGCGGGCGGAACAAAGUAGAUCAGGGCCUCAUCUCAUAAGGAGUUAUGAUUGAUCCAAAUCAUUUGCAAGUCAUCCAAUCAAUCGCAGCUUUGCAUUCUCCUGUCUAUUAUGUACAUAGUUGCGAUUGAUAUCAAUCGCACAAAAGUGGCUAUUGAUACCAACUCUUUGUGAACAUCCUCCAGAGCCCCAACACGGUAUCACGACGGAGGGAGGCUUUCUGAAAAAAUUGCCGCUAUAGACCCAGGUAUAGAAAAUGGGUAACUGGUAUAGGUUUAUUCUGUGCAAAUGAAUUGUUAGCUCUGUCGCUAUUAUACUGAAGGAAACGAGGCUUAACGACCUAUGGACUAUUGAUAAAACCUAGCUCUUAUUUUUUUUUUUGAAAUCAGAAUAAUUACCCUCCGAGCAUUCAUUAGUUCUAUUCUUCUUGUGGGUGUUCUUUGUCAGUUUAAAAAUAUGGACUUGACUAAAUUUGUAUUUUUUAAUAUUAUUUUCGCAUUCUUAGCACAAUUCAGAUAAGUUCUAGUAAAUGUAAAGUGGUUUGUAUGUUCUUAAAAAAGAAAUAAUAAGUCAUGUCUUCGAAAUUAGACCGUAACAUAUUUGCGAAAGAUUUUCUUCACAUUCAAAGAUACUUUAAUUUGAAAUUGUCAAUUUCUAUGUUUAUAUGAAACGUUGAUUUAUUGUAUUAAUGAAUUAUUAUACAAAUUAGAAAUGCGAUGAAUUGAAAUAAUAAUAUUUGCAAUAUUCAUGAUCUAAUUCACGUUGGUAAAUUGAAAUAUUGCUUUUAUGAAAAGAUUAAUAAAUUUAAAGAAAGACAAGGGUUUACCCUGAUGUUCUUUGUGUCAUGAAAUGCAAUAAAAUUCAAGAUUGUUUU